UGGACCCUUUGGUCAACUUCCUUCUUUCCCAGCGGACGAACACCUCCUCGGAGCCUCGUCCCUCGUCGUUUCACUCCAGCCCGCACCGGAUCGUACGACCGACGCUCCAGCAAUGACCAAGCACUCUCUUCACCGCGUCCCUUCGGCAGGGGCCGUUGAGCAUGGAUACCCGAGCGGGCACCUCGGCCAUCUCACCGACCACGAGGAGCAGGCUCUAGCGGAAUUCAAGGCCCUGGUAGAAGAGAAGGGUCUCUAUCGGCCUGGGAACCCACCGUCCCAUGACGAUCCUACCCUGCUCCGAUACCUGAGGGCUCGCAAAUGGAUCCCGCAUGAUGCUCUCGUGCAGUUCAGCGACACCGAGAAGUUCCGCAGCGCAAACGAGAUCGAUGUCCUAUACGACACCAUCGAUAUCGACUCGUUCGAGGCGUCUAGGCGGCUCUAUCCUCGAUUCACCGGGCGACGUGAUAAAAGAGGCAUCCCGAUCUACGUGUUCCAGAUCCGACACCUCGACUCUCAGGCCGUUGCCAAGUAUGAGAAAUCGACCGAGACGACGUACAGCCGUGCGAAGACGGACGGGAAGACGCAGCCAAAGCUGCUGCGGCUGUUUGGGUUGUACGAACACUUGACGAGAUUCGUCCAACCGCUCGCAUCCGAGUGUGCCGACCGACCCUACGCCGAUACUCCAAUCACUCUUAGCACCAACAUCGUCGAUAUCUCGCACGUCAGCCUGCGCAUGUUCUGGAAUUUGAAGGCGCACAUGCAAGCGGCCAGCCAGCUGGCGACCGCACACUACCCAGAAACCCUCGAUCGUAUCUUCAUUAUCGGGGCGCCGAUAUUCUUUUCGACCGUGUGGGGCUGGGUCAAGCGCUGGUUCGACCCCGUCACCGUAUCCAAGAUCUUCAUCCUCGCGGACCAUGACGUGUUGCCCGUCCUCACAACCUUCAUGGACAUCAAGGACAUCCCGAAGAUAUAUGGCGGCGAGCUGGAGUGGGACUUCUUCGACCAGCCCGCCUGGGACGACGAGAUCAAGCGGAUAUGCCAAUGGGAGAACGGUUACACGAGCUUCCCCACCGGGCCGAUGUACUGGCAGCCCAUCGACGGCGGCAAGCGAGUCGAAUGCCUCGCCGUGGGUAGUAAGGGCGAGACGGACCGCAGGGAGCGCGUCUGCACCAUUACAAGAGCCUAUCCGCCCAAGAACGUAGAGGGUAGCCCGGUUUCCGCUGCUGUUUCCCAGGCAGACGACGCGCUCGAGGGCGAAGAAGUGAACGAAGAUGUGUUCGUAACGGCUAGCGAAAAGCCCAUCAUCGGCGACGUCCCCACGGCAAACAUCACCGCCGUCCCGAUCGUCGGGGAAAGCAAGUAAAGGGAUGAUGCGGCC